AUGGAUCUCGUCCUUGACAUCGUGGACACGUUUGUCCUCGACCGGGUGUACUCAACCCUCCUCCCAUCCAACACCACAAGCACCAACAUCGAGUAUAACCAGAGCAUCGCCCAGUAUAUCGACCUGCCACCAUCAGAAUGGGCAGGGAAAAGUCUCCUGGCACGGGAUAAUCCAUUCCGACAAGGAAUCACCCUGUUCAUCUUGACAUGGCUCUUCGGCACCCUCACGUACCUAACAACCUCAACCCUCUCCUACUUCUUCAUCUUCGACAAAAAAUCCACAACGCACCCCAAAUUCCUCACCCGCCAAAUUCCCCUCGAGAUCCAAUCCGCCCUACUCGCCAUCCCCCAAAUGGCCCUCCUAACCGUCCCCUUCUUCCUCCUCGAACUCCACGGCUUCUCACGGCUCUACUCCUCCACACCCCCGUUCCCAGCAUACACAUACCUCCAAUUCCCCUUCUUCAUUGCAUUCACCGACUUCGCAAUCUACUGGAUCCACCGCUACGAACACCACCCGGCCGUAUAUAAGUGGCUGCACAAGCCGCACCAUAGGUGGAUCGUGCCGACCCCGUACGCGAGCUUUGCGUUUCACCCGCUGGAUGGAUGGGCGCAGUCCAUGCCGUAUCAUGUCUUCCCACUCCUGUUUCCGCUUGAGAAGAGGGUCUAUUUAGCUCUUUUUGCGUUUGUUACGUUGUGGACGGUUUUUAUUCACGACGGUGAAUACGCGACGAAAUCGCCUAUCAUUAAUGGCUCGGCGUGCCAUACGUAUCAUCAUCUGUAUUUCAAUUAUAACUACGGGCAGUUCACGACGCUGUGGGAUCGGCUUGGUGGGAGUUACCGGCAGCCCGAUGCGGACUUGUUCAAUCGCGAGACAAAGAUGGGUAGGGGGCAAUGGGAGAAGCAGGUUCGGGAGAUGGAGAAGAUGGUCGAAGAGGUUGAAGGUGUCGAUGAGCGGGUGUAUACGAAUAGGAAGAAAGAGCAGUAA